AACCUUUAGACUCCGAGGCUGACGAUCAAGAUCAAGAAGGGACACAGGGACCGUAGUUCAAUGCGAAGUUAACGUUCAAAGUAAAAGUAGUCUUCCUUAAUCCAUAAAAUGAGUUCUGUUGAAAUGCAAAUGGACGCGUAUUUGUCUCGAAUCGGGUUCUCUAGAUCCCCCUCGCGCAGCCUGCACGUGCUGCAGACGGUGCACACCUGUCACCUGCUGUCGGUGCCGUUUGAGAACCUGACGGUGCACAGCGGGGGGCAGGUGAAGCUGGACCUGCCUCACCUGUAUGAGAAGAUCGUGCUGCAGCGCAGGGGGGGGUUCUGCUUUGAGAAUAACAGCCUGUUCGCCUGGCUGCUGACCCAGAUGGGCUUCCAGGUGACCCUUCUCUCAGCCCAGGUGAGGAACCAACCAACGGGCUACUACGGACCUCCUUUUGACCACCUCAUCCUCAUGGUGAGCCUGGAUGGGCAGCGCUGGCUCUGCGAUGUUGGGUUUGGUGUCCCGGGCUUCAGGACCCCCCUCUCGUUGGACACCAGUGGCCCCCAGGAGCAGGGCCACAGAGUGUACCGCAUAAGAGAGCAGAGGAAUGAUGCUGCAGGGAUGCACUUCCUGGAGUGGCAGCAGGACGAGAUCAGAGGAGCAGAUGGAGAGUGGACCGAGAUCUACAAGUUCACCCUGGACCCUCGGCGCAUGGAGGACUAUGCGGAGAUGUGUCAGUACCACCAGAGCUCGCCAUGCUCCCUCUUCUUCUGCAAGUCCCUGUGCACCAUGCUCACCCCCGGGGGGAGGCUCACCUACAUCGGCCGCAGACUGACCACCACCACGUUCCCCACAGAGGGCACGGCAUUGGAGACCUCCACCCGAGAGCUGCAGGAUGACGAGAUACCCGGCGUUCUCAAGGAGAAGUUUGGAAUUGUGCUAAAAUCUCCGCUUGUACCAAAAGAUGAGCCGAUGACACCACUUCGAGUCGUGUAUUGAUCAUGCUUACACCUUAAUGCAUGGGGGGGUUAUGAUCAGACAUGCAAAAGGCCCCACCACAUCUCCUUUGUGUCUAUAUGUAGUCAUUUGUGGUUUUCUUCCUGGUCAUUUUGUGUCUGUUUUUAAUAUAUUCAUGUGUAUUUGUACUCAUUUUGUGUCUUUUCCUGCUGUCCUAUGUUUCUGGCUUUGCCCCAUUUUUUUGUUAUUUCGUCUCAGUGUGGUCAUUGUAAAUGUCUAUGCAACUGUUUUGCCAGCCUUUGUAGUUAUUUUUGAUCCUUUUGUACUAUUUUUAGUCACUUCCUGGCUGGUACUAGGGCUGUAAAUUACAUAUUUCAUCACAAAACAGAAUUAUAUAAAUUAUUCGGACAACCAAUAUGCGGUUACCACAGUCUGCCAUUAUACAUUUUGGAUUCAGGUGCCCAUUUAACAGUUAUAUCAUGUCACAAAAGCAACUAAAAUUUGAUUUGACAAUUUUAUUACAGGGCACUAGCAGACAUAAAAACCCCAGUCUUUCAGGAAGAUGGUGAACUUUGACGGAUAUGGAGACACAGACGUGCCAUGGACAUCUUAAAAUAGAGGUGUUUAUGAUGAUAUGCUUCUGUUUUCACUUCAGUAUGAGUAUGUUGAAUCAACAAUCAUUGAAUUGUAACACCCUUAGUUGGUACGUUUCGCUUUGAGUGACGUUUUCUAGAAAAAAGUACGUGAAAAAGCUGUCAUUGAGAUCUGUCUUUGUUUCAUACAUGUGAUACGAGAUUUUAACUUUCAGGUUUAAAUACAAAACUUCCACACCCAAAUCAACCAAAUACAAAACAUCUGCAGAACUCUGUCUCUGAACACAAGCGACAAGAGCAGAUCAAUUGUCAGUUGGAUUUAAUAAAUUAUACAUACACUUUAA